AUGCGUGCAACAUUGAUCAAUAGUCUGUUAUGUUGUUUUUUCAUCGUUCUUCUCGGUAUAAUAUGUUUGUCGAGUGCAUCAAUUGAUAAUGAUGAAUAUUCUCUUGAUACGGACUGGAUGGACUACAGCAGUUUUCAUCCAGUACAUGCACUCGAGGACCGUGCAAUUCACUCACGAUUUUGGAAACGUCCUCGACAUCGUCACUUCUGGAAGCGAUCACUGGUUGAACCAUCAAUGCAAAAUGAUAAUACGGUUAAAUCUGUUUCUAAACAGCUUCAACAACAGAAUAAACAUUGA